AUGUCCCUGACUAGUAGGCCUGGGGGGAUUCGGACUGCGGACGUGCCAAAUAAGGGACAACCAAGACGCCGAGUCGUAGCGUAUUCGCAAAUUGAGUCCACUCGGGAGACGGUGAACCGCAAUGAAAUGGACCAGACAAAACUGGGUUUUAUGGUCAAUAAAGGCGGUGAGAUAAGGCAACUGACAAUGCUAUCAAAUGACACAUGGUGCGGCUCAGCUACAGGACCGAUUCUUCAGUUUCAGGAAACGUAG